AUGGCGACGAGGAAUAUCAACAUGACGCAUACGACGCGGCCGUCGAUUUCGUCAAGUUCCGGGAAUGCGGUCAAGACGCGCCAACUUACACAUCUGCAUUCGCAGCUCGCGCAGUUGUCUGCCAACCUUGCUGAUACCGAGAACCUGGUUCGUAUGACGACCGUUCAGGCUGAGAGUAUGCGGGGCUUGGGAGCUUGGCAUGGUGGAAUGUUCAUGGCUGCUAGCAAGGUCCUUGGCGAGGAAGCUAUCAAUCGCGAUGCGGCGGCACAGGCUAAGGGCGGUCAACGCUAA